AUAAAAAGGUUGACUUAUCACCCCAACUUGACUCAUCACUGGGUUUGCUGAAAGCAUGAUGCAUGGUUUGCUCAAAUUCGGUUUGCUUUUGUAUCUUCUGACAUGUCUCGGACAGAACGCACUUGGGAGCGAAAUCAUACACGGCAAUAAAGCCCCAGAUGACUUGAUGCUGUAUAUGGUUUCAGUGCAAAACAAUGCGAGUCACAUAUGUGGAGGAUUCCUUAUCAGUGAAAACUUUGUGGUCACAGCUGCGCACUGUGGUGACAAAAGGGAACCAACAAGUGUUGUUCUUGGUACCCACAAUCUCAAGAAGGUUGUUAAUAAUAAGAUGAGAUAUGGUGUGAAGAGUUGCAAACAUCCGAGUUAUGUGAAUUUCAAAAGUGGAAAUGACAUCAUGCUCCUCAAACUGUCUAGGAAAGCUACGCUGAACAAGAGAAUGCAACCGAUUCAGCUUCCCGGUCCUAAAAUGAGACUUAAGGACAAUCAAAAGUGCCGUGUAGCUGGAUGGGGUCUUACAAAAACUGGUGGUAAAGUUGUGGUUGAGAUGCAAGUGGUCGAAGUGCCUAUCAUUAACCUGAAGGUCUGUAAGGAACAGUGGAAAGAAAUUCAAUUUAAUCUUCCUGACAAUGUUAUCUGUGCAGGUGGAUAUGGCACAAACAAAGGAUUCUGUCAGGGUGACUCUGGUGGCCCUCUGGUGUGCGGUGGGAAGGCAGUUGGUGUUGUGUCUUUCAACAUGAGAAACAACUGUGACUACCCAAAUGUACCCAACAUCUAUACAGAUAUAUCAAAACACCACCAAUGGAUCAAAGAAAUUCUAAAGAAAAAUGACUGUUAAAUGUAACGCUGCAUAUCAUGCUACACUUGUCUUGUUGUUGUGGUGUUUGCUUUUUAUCAGAAAUGCAAAAUAAAGAUUAGUUGGGAUUAAAGUUAGAACGUCCCAGCAUGAUAACCAUAGAAGUAUUCAGGUUGAGUUUGAUGUAGUAUAUAUAUAUAUAUAUAAAACAUUUUUUGUUGCACUGAAAAGGUUCUGCAAAGCCUCCAAAAAUCCAACUCACUAUCAGCAGCACAAAUCCAACAGCUGAUGUAUAGAAUGUUAAGGGUCAAAUUUACAAUGUCCUAUUGGAAAUACUACACCAAUGAUAUGAAAAAGACAUCGCUUUUCAUCACUUUGACAAACAUUUAAAAAUGUAUUGGCAGUAAGUCUGUAUGUGUAUGUUUGCCUGCAUGUGUUGUAGUUAUUUUUGUUGAUGUACGGAUGGUUACGUUUGAAUAAAGCCAGCAUCCCCACUCAACAAAACAUUUCAUUUAAACAUACUUUUGAUUCUUGCCAAAUAAAACAAGUGAAUAAUAAUGCUUGACUGUUAG